AUGGCAUCCGAGCGGGCCGCGGUUCCCCCGGACGUGUUCGCCAGCGAUCUUUACAAGCCUUCUGUUGACUACAAGGACGACGGGGGGUCGGAUAAACCCCCAAGCGAACUAGGCCCCGACCCCAAGGACUCCACCGUUCAGGAGCAGGAGGCCAUAGACAUCGAGCCCGAGCGUCCUGCACCUGACGACUCGCUAGACUGGCGCUACCCCUUGCUGCAACGCCUCGUCGAUGGCACUCUACCGCUAGACCAGGCUGAGGCAAGGCGUGUGGCUCGUCGGGCCAAGACUUUUGUCCUCCUCGACGGGGAAAUGUAUAAGCGCAGCCCCUCAGGCAUUCUUAUGCGUUGCAUCCCACGUCAGGAGGGAAUCAAGCUCCUGCAGUACAUACACUCGGGGGCUUGUGGCCACCACGCCGCAGCUCGAACGUUGGUAGGAAACGCCUUCUGA